UAGUUCGAGGAGUUACAAGAUGGCGGCACGUAUAUUUUCGCGAGUGAACUUGGUUUCAAAGAGAUUUUUCGCAGCUACGGCUUCUCCAGGAGCUUCUUUGGCAGAGAAAGAACUUGCAGAGGCGAAACAUGCUGAAUCAACUAUGAAGACCUGGAAGUUGAUUUCAUAUUUUGUUGCCAUUCCUGGCAUUCUUAUCUGUACUUACAAUACGUAUCUUAAAGAGAAAGAGCAUCAUGAACAUCCAAGGGCAGAGUUUGUACCAUACUCUCACCUCAGGAUUAGAUCUAAGCUCUUCCCAUGGGGUGAUGGCAACCACUCAUUAUUUCACAAUUCGCACGUGAAUGCUUUGCCUGAUGGCUAUGAAGAUGAAAUGGAACAUUAAGUGUGACUUAUUCCUGCUUGCUUGUGCUGAUAACUACUGUUUUGGAGGCUUGUUUCUGAUGGCAAAGUCAUUUCAAAGAAUGUUUUUCUUUCAAUUAUGAUAAUGUCAUUACCUGUGUGCUAAUGGAAAAAUUAUAUAAUGAUGGUGAAUAAAGUUUAAAAUUUCCAAA